UCCGUCCCUCUGUCCGCUGCACCUGAGUGCGCGUACAGAGCGUCAGUUUCCCCCGGCUGUGCGUGCGAUCCGCGGGGGCGCACUGAGGACUAUGGCCGUGCAGGGAUCCGCCGCUGACCUCUCUGUGCCCGUGCUGGAUUUGGAAGAGGACGAUGAUUUGGAAGUUUUCUCAAAGAACACCUCUGUGGCUGAUGGGAGCCCUCUGCCCACCUCCCCCAGCUCCAUGACCAACCAGUACCACCUGGACCGUGAGGACCCUGAGGAGAGCCUGGAGCAGAACCCAGAGGAGAGGGAGAGAGACCUCUUCAUCACGGUGGACAACCCCGAGAGUCAGGUGACCGCCAUCGAGACCUUCAUCAUGUACAGAGUGCUCACCAGGACCACCCGAGGGGACUUUGACUCCAGUGAGGUGGAGGUCCGGAGGAGGUACCAGGAGUUCUCGUGGCUCCGGAGCAAGUUGGAGGAGAGCCACCCCACUCUCAUCAUCCCUCCUCUGCCAGAGAAGUUUGUGGUGAAGGGCAUGGUGGAGCGCUUCAGUGAGGACUUCAUCGAGACCAGGAAGAAAGCUCUGCAUAGGUUCCUCCAGAAACUCUCUGUCCACCCAGUCCUGUCCCACAGCCCCCAUCUCAAGGCCUUCCUCACUGCACAGGACCUGACUCCCCAUAAGAAGCAGGGCCCGGGGCUGCUGAGUCGUAUGGGGGACACGAUGCGCUCAAUGGCCCAGUCUAUGAGGGGCGUGAGGGGCCGAGCUGAAGAGUUCUCCUCCCUCCAGGACUACACCGACCGCUUCAACUCCACCAUCUGCUCUGUGGACAGGGUCACACAGAGGGUCAUCCGGGAGCAGAAAGAGUACCUGGAUGAGCUGCGGCAGUAUAGCCCCACCUACAGUCAGUGGGCGGAGCUGGAGGAGGGCCUAUCAGAGACUCUGAAAGGUGUGGCCAGGAGCCUGGAUCUGAUUGGUCAGGAGACAGAAGGGCAGGUCCAGGAGCUGUCCGAGGUGCUGGUGCCAGUGCUGCACGAGUAUGUGCUGUGUGCCGAUACACUCAAGAUGGUGCUGAGGCGCAGAGACAACAUCCAGGCAGACUUUGAGGUGAAGAACGAGGCUCUGGCCACAAGGAAAGUGGAGCAGGAAACGUUGCAGGAGGAGGUGGAUUCUCUAGCUGACCGCUUGGAGCAGGCUAACGUGGCUCUGAGAGCAGACUGGAGGCACUGGAGGAGCAGCCUGAGGUCGGACAUCCAAACAUCUCUGCUGUCCACAGCUGAGAGGAACGUGCAGUACUAUGAGAAGUGUCUGGCCAUAUGGGAGUCCUUCUUGCUGUCUCAGAAGGUGGACCCAGCGCAACAUCAGAACCAAGAGCCCUCCUCUUGAAGAAGUGCCAAACGUCCCACCGCCAGAGGGGCCCUGAAGUGCACAUGACCCCUCCCCUUUAAAGACACCGUACCUGAUUUUUGCUAUUGUGAAAAGCAGAACUAGUUAAUUGUUUGCAGUGAUCCAAAGUUAUUCCACACUUACCUUAUGCAUUCCCAGCAGACCAAAGUUCUACAGUGAUGGUAAAGCUAAGAACAACUAGCAUGCUAACACAUACUUCCUGAUUGUUUUUUAUCAAAUGCAUGGGGAAAAAAAUCAGCUACAGGGCCUUUAAGAAGAGCCAAAUGUCCCACUCCCAGAGGGUCCCUGAAGUGCACAUGGCUCUCCUCUCAACUGCCAAAGUAAAACAAGAGGCCAAAGAUGGAGCAUUCCACAACACUAGAGUACUGAGGGGCUUAAAGUGCAUGUGACAGGUUUUCAUGUUUUCCUAAUUCUGACUUGGUUUGGUGGGAUAGUGCCUGUGCUAAAUAUUUCAUAGUUUUACAUCAGUUAAGUGGCAGUUUCUGGAAACAGGAACAGAAUCUCAUGAACACGGAAAAUUCCAUCCAAAAUGCAGGGACAAUUUAUACACUAGGAAAGCAUUUUUACGGCAGUUUAAACAUUAAUUCAACAAAAUAAAGGUGGUGUCAUUUAUUUUGAUUUGUCAGAUUGUCACUGUUUAGACAAGUUCUGGCUUGUAACAUAAUGGUUGCUAGAUAAUAGUUAUGGAAUUACCUAUACACAUGUCAUAUCUGCUGUCCGUGUCCAACCAGGGAGUAAAAUGAUCAACUUCACCAAAAUAACCCUAUGAUACUAAAGAUAUUGAUGUUAAUUUUGUUUUAAUGAAGUGAAUAGUCUAACCUGUCAUAUGCACUUUAAGACAAGUUCCACUUACUAUACAGAUACUUUGAAUGGACCUUUGUUUACUAAAAUAAUUCUAAGUUUAAGUUUUACUUUCACUAAGAUGACAAAACACAGCACUUGUUACUAUUAGCAACCAUAACAGUUUUGUAUGACUCAAGUGGGCAAUAGCUUGACACUAUGUGGGUGGGUGCUUGGUUAGGUUUUUGAACCGGCAACUGACCAAUAUGCAAGCCACUGCACUUUAGAUCAUUUAGAUAAUUAGUUGUAUUGUAAUAAUUAGUGUAGAUUUGUAAACCUCACAUUUUGAAUUUGAGAGAUUGUUUUUUAUAAGGGACUAACUAUGGGAGGAAUUCUACAGCAGUAAAAAAAAAAACUUGCAAAAUUUUUACACAAUUCUUCACACUUCUUAAAAAUGACAUUCCUUCUUUAAUCAUAAAAUAUCAUUAUGAUGUUUUAAUUUCUUUUUUUUUUUUUUUUUUCAUUUGAUUCAUUUAAAUAAUAAUAUGUUUUCUGCCCGAAUGCCACUUUCGGCCUGGAGAUUCUCAGGCGUUUGUGUAACAUUUCAGCUUGUAUACAUUUCACCAUAUGUGCCUUUGUUAUUAAAAAAUACUAUAGAUAAAAUUCAUUCAGAAAUUAAAUCCACAACUUGAGACAAAUUGUACUAGCUAAUAAUCAACACUGCAUUAAUAAAUAAAGGGACUGGCUUUUC